AUAAUUUUUUUAAGUUUUUACGAAUAAAAGUAAAAACCUGUCAAAAAAGUGAAAAACUUUCCACUAAAAUAAAAUUUUACACUAAUGGAAGUGGUCUAAAUAGCAAUGCCCCGUCCUCAGUCCUCAUAGGCUCAUAGCCAUGCCCAUAGGGCACAGGAGUAUUUAUUACUCUGUUUCAAUCCAUUAUUUCAGAAAAAAAAGGUUGGACAGACUUAUUGAAAAAUGGAGACAUCCAUGACCAUCACCAGUUUCAAUCCACUGUCACCCUCCUUUAAAACAUACUCCUAUAACUAUGCUUCUUACCCCUCAAUUCCCCCGAAACCCAUUUUCAUUAAACGCUCAAUUACGACAAAUCCACCGAUUAUCAGCCAUGGACAUUUGCAAAAGAAUCAGUCUUUUUCUUCCUCAAAGCCCAGAACUAUAGACACUACUUUUCCUCUCCGCAGAAAAGGUGUGCUUGAUUCUAAUGAGAAUACCCACAAGCUUAAUUCUCAGAUUUCAUCUCAUAGAGCUGUUGCUGCUGUGAGAUUGAUGCGGAUUGAGUUUGGUGGAGCUUAUGCUGAUCUUUUAAAUGAGAGAGGAAAAGGUUCAGGGAACAACGAGAUGGAAUAUGUUGAAAGGACUCUAGGAUUCCGCACCAACGACCUGAAUGAAAAAGAUCUGAGAUUGGUUACAGAAAUUGUGAAUGGUACGAUUCGUUGGCGAAGAUAUCUUGAUUUUCUUAUUGUUUGUUUGUGCCAUGAUGAAAGGUCCUUUAGGAACAUAGAACCUCUUCUGUUACAGAUCCUUAGGGUUGGAGUGUAUGAGAUUGUAAAACUGGAAAAACCACCAUAUGCUGUUGUUAACGAGAAUGUCAAGUUAGCGAAGUUUGCUCUCAGACCAGGUGCAGGAAACAUGGUGAAUGGAAUUCUUCGAAAACUAGUUUUUCUCAAGGAUAAAGAUUCUCUUCCUGUACUGAAGAUGGAUGGUGAUGACCGGGCUCAAGCACGAGCCCUUGCCACUACUUAUUCUCAUCCAGUGUGGAUGGUAAGACGGUGGACCAAGUAUCUUGGACAAGAAGAAGCUAUAAAACUAAUGAUGUGGAAUAACACAGAUCCAAGCUUCAGCUUGAGGGCCAAUAUUGCAAAAGGAUUUAACCGUGAAGACCUUAUGAUGAAGCUUAACAUGUUGAAGGUUCCCCACAAACCUUCCUCACAUUUGGAUGAUUUUGUCUGUGUUGAAAGCGGGAUGCAGACUGUGAUACAAACUGGAUUGUUGAAAGAAGGCUUGUGCUCUGUUCAGGAUGAGAGUGCAGGUCUAGCUGUUUCUGUUCUUGAUCCACAGCCUGGUGAUCACAUUAUUGAUUGUUGUGCUGCUCCUGGAGGAAAGACACUCUUCAUGGCCUCUCGCUUGAAUGGUCAAGGUAUGAUAUCUGCAACUGACAUAAAUAAAGGUCGUCUACGAAUACUUGAAGAAACAGCCAAGUUGCAAUGCGUCGAUAAUGUGAUCACUUGCAUUCACAGUGAUCUUCGGACCUUUGCAGAUAAUAGGAAUUUGAAAUUUGAUAAAGUUCUGCUAGACGCUCCAUGUUCUGGCCUUGGUGUACUUUCUAAAAGGCCAGAUUUGCGUUGGAAUAGGAAGUUGGAAGACAUGGAAGAGCUAAAGAAUUUGCAGGAUGAGCUUUUGGAUGCUGCUUGCAAGCUCGUCAAAACAGAUGGUGUAUUUGUGUAUAGUACCUGCUCCAUCGAUCCUGGAGAAAAUGAAGACAGGGUAUCUGCUUUUCUUCUUAGACAUCCGGAAUUCCAAAUAGAUCCAGUACAAAGAUAUGUUCCAUCAGAGUUUUCAACUGCACAUGGGUUUUAUCGCUCAUGCCCAGUGAAACAUGCAAUGGACGGAGCUUUUGCUGCACGCCUUGUUCUCCGGCAGUAAGAGUACAAAAGCCAUCUGAUGUCGUAGCAGCAGCAGCUUUUGAGACUGUCGAUAGGAAACACAAGGAAAAUCAGCCGAUGAGGUAGCAUGCAAUUUUAUAGUCGUUUAGUGCAUCUUUUCCCCUUUUUAUUAGUACCUGCAACUGAACAAAAGUUAAAUUGCUUCCCAUGUUACCCUUGUUACUACAGAAUGAUGUCGAUAAGCUUGUUUAGCUGAUGAGUAAAACAAGAAGCGUAUUCUUAGAUAAGAUUGUCUAUUAAUACAACGUGGUCAUACUGGGUUUCAAUAAAUAUGCUACAUAUAUUUUGGGGGUCUAAUGUCAAAUGGGCCAAAAACUAGGACAUUGGCACAAAAUGCAUGAGCUUUAUGGGAUUGCAACGACAAAGAAAGGGCUUGUUAAUUGCAAUUGUGGUGAUGAUAAUAGUUUAGAGCCAAGUUUUAUACGAUACUUGUUCUGAAUUCUGAUGAAAAUUGUGCAUUUCCUAGAAAGUGCAAGCUGAUUUUUAUAUAUGUCUAAGUUAUGAGAAUAUACAAUGCAACACCUAUGAUUACUUUUAAUAGAUUAAAGAAGGUACUAAUGUAUAUUUACGACUGUUUAAGCCUCCAUCUUCGACAGCACAAUGACUAGCAAUAAACAUGAAGAGCUGAACUACCGUAAGGAAGAAAAAGCAGAGUAAUAGAAUAAUAAUCCGAAGACUAUGUUACUUCUUACAAAUUGAUGGUCAUUUAUUGAUUCAAAAAGCUUUCCAUGAUUGAUGAUAAGGCUCUAGGGUUGGAUGGCUUCAAUAACAAGUUCUUCAAAGCCUCUUGGUUAGUACUUGGUCCUAAUAUUGUCAACGCUAUACAUGAGUUUUUUGAGAACUGUAAACUUUUGAAGACCUUGAAAAUUACUUAACUCCGAUUCCAAUUUCAUGCUAUCAUGUCUUGUACAAAUGCAUCUCUUAGUUAAUUUGUUUUCAACUUAGAAUCGUACUUGGUAGCAUAAUUGAUCAAGCCCAAGGAGCUUUUGCAGCAGAUAGAAGCAUUCUCCACAACAUACUUACUUUGUUAGCUUGUUGUAAACACUACAACAUGAUAAGCUACGGUCGUUUGAAGAUUGACCUAAGAUACAAUGGUCUGGAACUUCAUUAACAAGGUGCUUGUAUCCCUGAACUUCCCUGCUCAUUUUAUUAAAGAUGGUAAUGGUUUGCCUAGUGUUACAAAAUUCGCUAAUUUUCUCGCGAAUCGUGAAUCAAAAAAAGCGAAUUAUGGUUGGUUUUAGGCUAUAUUUAUUGGUCAUUUUGAGUGAAUCACGAAUUCGAAAAGCAAAUUAGCCAACAAAUUAUGUAACAUUGGUUUGCAUAGUUGCAUAUCCUCUGCAA